UACGCGCGUGCGUCCACUUCUUUUCAGCGCUCGGACAGAAGCCACUUUGGGACCAACAGCUCUGAAGGAGUCGCGCGUCUCUCGGCGUUCUCUACCGUACACGGGAUGAACGCGGCUUUGUUUCCCUCUCUGAACCCGCAUCUGUCCCGCACAUUCAUGUCUUGACUCUUGCGCGACCUGGAAAGUGCGCUUUCUGUCUGGGCUGACUUGGAAAACAAGAAGAGGAGAAGAUCCAGCAGAGGAAGGCAGCCCCUGAGAGUGGAUGAAACGUUCCUCAGACCUGUUUUUGAGAUUUCCCUGAAAAGUGUCGCUAUGGCCCCAAACCUGAAGAGUGUGCUCUGCCUGCUGCUCCUUUGUGCAAACCUGAGAUGUGACGCGGAUCCUGGUCUGUCAGUAGAUUCAGAGGGUCUGGCUGAAGCUCAGAGUGGAGCUGCACCCACAGCUGAAGGUUAUUUUCUGGAGUUCCAGGAGCCAGUCAACAACAUCACCCACUUCCAGGGCCAGACAGCCACGUUGCACUGCAAAGUGACGGGAAACCCACGACCGUCCAUCCGCUGGCUGAAGAACGACGCCCCUGUAGUCCAGGAACAGGGACGCAUAACCAUCCGCAAGACAGAGGCAGGAUCCAAGCUCCGCAUCCAGGACCUGGACACGACAGACACAGGCUAUUAUCAGUGUGUCGCCUCCAACUCACUCAAGGUCAUCUCUGCAACAGGCGUCCUGUACGUCAGACUUGGACAGAUGCCCACACAUGGCCCAGAUCCAUCACGUGAAAAAGGUUUCUGCCAGCCCUACCGAGGCAUUGCCUGCGCUCGCUUCAUCGGCAACCAAAGCAUCUACGUUGAGUCUCUGCAGAUGCAAGGGGAGAGUGAAAACCGCAUCACAGCUGCCUUGACUAUGAUUGGAACCUCCACCCACCUAUCAGAUCAGUGCUCCAGGUACGCCAUCCCUUCCUUCUGUUAUUACGUCUUCCCGCUGUGUGAAGAGGGCUCUCGGGGCCCUCGGAAGCGUCAGCUCUGCCGAGAUGAGUGCGAGGUUCUGGAGAAUGACCUGUGUCAUGCUGAGUACACCAUCGCCCGAUCCAACCCCAUGAUCCUCAUGCAGCUGGAGCUCCCCAGCUGUCACUUGCUGCCACGACCGGGAACGGCUGAUGCUGCUUCCUGUAUGAGGAUAGGAGUGCCACAAGAAAAACUGGGUCCAUAUUACCCCUCAGACCACAGCUGCUUCAAUGGAAGUGGGGCUGACUACAGGGGCACUGUCAGCAUCACUAAAUCUGGUCAUCACUGCCAGCCAUGGACCGCUCAGUACCCUCACAGUCACCACCUGUCCCAAGAAUACCCUGAGCUCUGGGGAAGUCAUAACUUCUGCCGUAACCCAGGAGGCCAGAUGCAGGCACCCUGGUGCUUCACCCUGGACCCUCAGGUCAGGGUAGACCUGUGUGACAUCCAGCCCUGCAAGCCCCCAGAGAACCCCAGGAAGGAGAUCCUGUUCAUUCUAAUACCUGCAAUAGCCAUCCCGUUGGUCAUUGCUUGCCUCUUCUUUCUGGUUUGCAUGUGUCGCAAUAAGCAAAAGGCAUCGAUUGACACACCACCUCGUUGCCAGCUCAGCAAUUCACCCAGCCAGGACAUGGAGCUGUCCCUCCUAAAUCAGCAAAAACACCAGGCCAAGCUACGGGAGAUUAACAUGUCAGCAGUACGAUUUAUGGAGGAGCUUGGCGAAGAUCGCUUUGGCAAGGUUUACAAGGGCCACCUUUAUGGCACCGCACCUGGUGAGCAGACCCAGGUGGUGGCCAUCAAGACAUUAAAAGACAAGGUGGAUGCCACUCUCUGUGAGGAAUUUCGUCAUGAAGCCAUGCUGCGUUUUCACCUACAGCACCAAAAUAUUGUUUGUUUGCUGGGUGUGGUUACCAAAGAGCACCCAAUGAGCAUGAUAUUCACAUACUCUAGCUUAGGUGACCUGCAUGAGUAUCUGGUGAUGCGCUCCCCCAAUUCAGAUGUUGGCAGUUCAGAUGAUGACAAGACAGUCAAAUCCACAUUGGAGCAAGCUGAUUUCCUUCACAUUAUAACCCAGAUUGCUUCCGGAAUGGAGUACCUUUCCAGCCAGCAAGUAGUCCAUAAAGACCUUGCUGCCCGAAAUAUUCUGGUCUUUGACAAACUCAGCAUCAAGAUCCUGGAUCUGGGCUUAUUCAGAGAUGUUUACUCCGCUGAUUACUACAAUCUAAUGGGCACAAGCCCUUUCCCCAUUCGUUGGAUGUCCUCAGAAGCUAUUAUGUAUGGCAAGUUCUCCACCGACUCAGACAUCUGGUCUUAUGGUGUCUUACUGUGGGAAACUUUCAGUUAUGGUCUGCAGCCAUAUUGUGGCUACUCAAACCAGGACGUGAUCGAGAUGGUGCGCAGCCACCAGCUACUGCCUUGUCCAGAUGAUUGUCCAGCCUGGAUUUACACGCUUAUGCUGGAGUGUUGGAGUGAAUUCCCAGCGAGAAGGCCUCGCUUCAAGGACAUCCACACACGUCUGCGCUCCUGGGAGAGCCUCUCCAACUAUAACAGUUCUGCUCAAACCUCUGGGACCAGCAAUACUACUCAAACCAGCUCUCUCAGCACCAGCCCUGUUAGCAACAUCAGCAUGAGCACAACAAAUGCAUCACGCUACACUAGCCCAAAAAAGAGUUCUCCAUUCCAUCAGCCCCAAUUCAUGCCCAUGAAGGGUCAGAUGCAUCGGCCAAUGGUGCCCCCGCAGCUUUACAUUCCUGUCAAUGGAUAUCACCCCAUGCCAGCUUACCCAUAUCUGCAGAACUUUUACCCCAUGCAAAUACCCAUGCCCAUGCCCCACCAGCAGAUGCACCACCCACAACAGAUGGUACCCAAAGCUGGUUCUCACCAUAGUGGCAGUGGAUCCACAUCUACAGGUUACGUCACCACUGCCCCUUCCAACACUUCUGUCACAGAGCGAGCAGCUUUGCUAAAUGAGGACUCCAAAGCCGUGGAUGAGGACCUGGCUGAUAGGACGUCCCAGGAGGAGCUAGACCAAAGCAAGGACUUGUCAGUGCCUGAAACAGAAUUGCUAGGUGACAGUGACCGUCCACAGACUGAUGAACUGGUGAUCCAUUUGUCAGAUACAUAAGUAGAAGAAAUAUUCUGUGAGCUGUGCUUGCCAAAAAUUCAAAAGCAGCAUAAAGUGAAGUGAGCAUUUUUGCAGAACAGUGACUGAAUGUUUUUGUAUGACUUUCUUAGAUAGUUCUGUUGCAUUACAUUGUUAAGUGUGACUCGUGUUUGUACCUCUUAAAUGCCUGUGUCAAUGAUUAAGCAAAAUCAGUCAUGCCAUUCAGAAGAAUUUAUGUUCUUGCUGUUGCUGUGCAACACAAACAUUUUCUUAGUACUUUAGAGGUUGCUUUGCCUUAAUAGAAGCCUUUUCUGAAACUCAUGGUGCCUCAUGCCACUCUUUUCACUUGCCUGCAAAGCCAUUCACUGGGAGGACAUAAGAUCACACUCAUCUACACAGGCACUCCAACCAAUCAGUUGGAAUCGAUAGUUGUGCAAAACGUGACACGACCCCUCAUCCUUCUCCCACCAACUUACAGUUCAUUCAGUUUAUUGGAAUGCACAAUCAAGUAUUGCUACCAAAACCCAGGACUGAAGCCAGGUUUCUGUAUUGGUGGACAAGUCUCUUGCUCGUUCACAACAUGUGCACCACUUAAGGACAAUUUAAUGUUGUUUUUGAGGUUAUUAUUCUAUGGUUUGUGGAAGCCACAAUCAUAGAACUGUAGAAUGUAUGAUGACUAGAGUCAAUGGAUGACUUUGUUAAUAAUUAUACUCACUGAGAUUUAUUUUUGGAACUUAUCUCCAAAAAACAAAACAAAACAA